AUGGAGAUCACCACGUCGGAAAUUACUGAAAAACGGACCGUGCUCAACUUUGCCACCUUUGAUUUCCUCGGCAUGUCCGCCGCACUCUCCUCCAAUACUCACAAUCCUGUCAAGCAAGCGGCCCAAGAAGCCCUCGAUAAGUACGGUUGUGGGAGUUGCGGCCCUCGAGGAUUCUACGGUACGGUAGAUGUACACUUGCAUUUGGAAAAAGCCUUUGCCGACUUUACCGGCACAGCCGAUUCCAUUCUUUACAGUGACGGAGCCAGCACAUGUUCUUCCACCGUCGCCGCAUUUUGCAAACGUGGUGACCUUAUUGUAGCUGAUCGCGGUAUCUAUGAACCGCUGCUUACGGGCGUCAGCUUAUCGCGGGCUCACGUCAAAUGGUUUCGACACAACGACAUGCAAGAUUUGCGACGCGUUUUGGAACAAGUUCGCGAGACGGACCAGCAACUGAAACGCCCACAGAACGCGCAACGACGAUUUCUCGUCGUAGAAGGCUUGUACAAGAACACCGGAACGAUUGUGCCAUUGGAUGAACUGGUGGCACUCAAACACGAGUUCAGUUAUCGACUCAUUUUGGACGAAUCAUUCUCGUUCGGAGUGUUGGGUAAAACGGGUCGGGGCGUUACGGAACACUUUGGUAAAAAACUCAUGCACGACGCCGAAAUUGUUACCAUUGGAUUGGAAAAUUCCAUUGGUAGUGUGGGUGGAGUGACGGUCGGCACGGAGGAAGUCGUCGACCACCAGCGCUUGAGUGGAUCCGGGUACUGCUUCAGUGCAUCGUCUCCGCCAUUUUCGGCCGCCGCAGCCAUGCAGGCGUUGGAACAAAUGAAAAAGGAUCCGGACCUCUUGCAGCGCCUCCACGACAACCGGACCUACAUGUACGAGAAACUCAAAGCGUUCUGUACCAAGUUGGAAGAUCUGUUGUUCGUUACCAGCGACGAACGAUCGCCAAUUAUUAUGCUUCAAGUGGCCGACAUUCCGGAAACCGAGUACCUGGACGAGGUUAUUUUUUUGCGGGAAGUGGUACGGGAAAGCUUGUCUCGGGGCUGUGCGUUGGUAGCAACGGGUAGACACAUACCAAGUCGUGCAGAUCCACCCCCUGGUAUCCGCAUGGUUGUAACGGCCGCGCAUACCUUUGAAGAUAUCGACAAGGUUUUGACGGUUUUGAACAAAUCAGUGGAUGUGAUUAUGAAUCGAUUCCAUGAGGAAUCGAAAGAGUAG